UUAACAUACUUGGCCAAUAAAUCUGAUUCUGAUGUCAUUUCAGGUAGUUUUGGCUACCAGGCACCGCUGGUUUUGAGUGGAGGUAGAGGUCGACCACAUUACUGUGUCACUCGGGAACAGCUGUCAUUCUUAAGGUCAUGUGGCUUCACUGCACCCCAGAUGGCAGAUAUUCUGCAUGUGUCUGUGCGUACAGUUAGACGACGUUUGAGACAGUUACACUGCACUCGCGCUUCAUUGUAUGCAGACUUGACCGAUUCUGCCCUAGAUGAACAUGUGCAAGACAUUGUGGCUGGCAAUGACCUAGUUGGUCCUGAGGCUGUGAGGGCAUCGCUGCAUGCAAGUGGACUCCGUGUGCAGAGAAGGAGAGUGCGAGCAAGCAUGAUUCAAUUAAAUCCUGGAGCUGCUGCGCUUCAAGCAGUUCUGCAGAGACCAGAGCGACGGUCUUAUCAGGUGGCAGGUCCAAACUCAUUGUGGCACAUUGAUGGAAACCACAAGCUGAUAAGGUGGCGGAUAGUUAUUCAUGGGGCUAUAGAUGGGUUUAGUCGCCUUGUGGUCUUCCUGCGUGCCUCCAACAACAACCGCAGCAGCACUGUGUUGGACAGCUUCAUCAGUGCUGUGAUCCACUAUGGCAUACCCUCCAGGGUCAGGACGGACAGAGGAGGUGAGAACAUCGCAGUCUGGCUGAUGAUGAACAUCUACAGAGGCUUUGACCGUAGCAGUGCUCUCCGAGGCCGGAGUACCCACAAUCAGAGAAUUGAGAGGCUCUGGGGUGAUCUCUGGCGUGGACUGCGAAUGUCUAUUAUGAGUUAUUCCACCAUCUGGAGAGCGAGGGCAUCAUUAAUGUUGACCAAGAGUAUCACCACAGCAGCCCCACUGUGUGCAUCCAGCCAGCCAGUUAAAGAGCUGAAGUUCAAACAGCCCCAAGAACUGAAGGUUUUGCCCAAGAACUUCCACUCACCCUACGAUGGACUGGACCACGAGUGA